UUUACUAAAGGAGCAUCAGCUUUAAAUACGCAUCCGAGCAAGUCCACCAAGUUGGAUAAAAUCAAAAAUAAACGAACAUUUUAACGGGACCCACCGAUAUACCCAUAAAUAAAUAACACCCCGACCAACGAUUGAAAAAAAAAACAAACAAACAAACACAAGGCGUCCAAAUCACCUUGAAACAGCGUGGGGUAAAACCCCUACAACGGUAAGGGGUAGACCACAAAAUCGCUCCCACUUGACUCUCCAUACAUACAUACAUACAUAUGUAUGUACGAAUAUAUGUACGUGUAUGUAUGUUUGUAUGAAUAUUGUCAUUGUGUUUUUUGGAGGUCUGGAAAUCAACAAGUCGUAAAUAAGGCGUAACUGGCAAAUUGUCAAACUGUCAGCGGUAUCUUCUAACUGGAUAGUGUCAGUAAGACUGUGUGAUUUGGAUUCGAAAACAUGGCGCGCCGCAGGGACAAGCCCCGACUCAUACCCGAGCAGGACAAGCGCAUCUGCCGGGCCAUCUGCCUGUGCCAACUCACCAUGGUACUGUCGUGCGUCUCGAUUGUGUACCUGAGCGUGGCUAUUUACUCGCCCUCCCUCAAGGCCUUUAAGUCUGGUUUCGAGCUGAAUCCGGUUAUGUGCCAAACUGUGGAUCGCCAAAUGCCAAACAAUUGCCCUUGGGCCUCUUGUGGCGAGUGGUGUCUAACUCGCACGAGCGGCUUCUGUCCCCAGAUCCACUCAGUGGUUCGCCGCAAUGGUACCGACAUCCAACUCAAUAAUUGCACCCGCGUCACCAACACUUCGUGCGCCAUGAUCGACCUGAAUCGCUUGAACAAAUUCAACUGCAACAAUGGAACAAUCUGUAACAAUAUUCGUGGAGUCUUCAAUUGUUCGAACGGCCAUUGCAAAAAUAUGUCUGAGUUCUUUCUAUGCCACCACAAGGCGGACGGGCCCACAAUAAACUCUGCUAAGGACAAUACCAAAUUGAACGGCUUCUUCGAGUGCCAUGGAGUGCACUGCACGAAGAUCAAGAAACCGUUCUCCUGCGACCGAUAUUGCUCGAAAAUAACCACCGCUAAUGUAAAUGUGUUGAUCAUGCAUGAAGAUAAUGUAAUUGCCGCAGACUGCGAGAAUGCAGUUGCCUUCAACGAGGCACGCGGCAAGGAGCACGGCGUCAGAAUUGAACCGACCGAAUUCUGGAAGGAAGACGAUGGAAACCUAUUGACUAACUGCGCGACAGUCACUCGUGAAUCUGACAAUCGCAUACUCGCUACGGACUGUUUGAACGGCACUCUGUUGGACCACGACACACUUCCUGCGCCAUUUAUGAACUUUACUCAGUUUUGGGCCAUCUACGAUAACAGUACGCGAGCUGUGGAUCCUGAGCAAAAGUUUCUGCCCAAUCAGGCCAACCUCACCAUUUACAGCUGGAAGAAAUUGUUCAUCAACCUGGAGGGUUGUGUCAACACAUUACGGGGCGAGUGCAAGGACUUUGUUAACCGCUAUGGCAGCGAUGGGGACAAUAACACGGCACAGUCACGCUACCAGUGUUACUACAAUAAGGAUGCAAAUGUGGAGUUUGUGGUGGCGCGGUACGAUUUGGACAAGGUCUAUAGAGAGCUAGUCGUCUCUCUAAUUGUGCCCAUCGUGCUGUUUGUUAUUUCGUCCAUAUCACUGUGCAUUAUAACCAAAUCGGUUAAGGUUGGAGACGAUGCAAAAAUGCGCUGCGUCUGCGCUGGAGAUGACUCGGAUGAUGAUGUGCUUAGGAACGGAAACCCAAAACAGCCUGAACAACUGUACGACACAGAUGACGACGUGGUUGAUUUGGAGCACCAAGCAGUUGGGGGCGAUGUGGAGGUGCACGAACAAGCCUUCGAUGCACAUGAAAUGAUCGGCAGUACAAAGUCCCUAAUACCACUCAGUCCGGCUGGAGAUUCUGGCACGAGCGAGCAAAACUUUGACCAGGAUGAGAAGGCGGCGAGUUGUGACCUGCCAGAGAAACCCUUAGUUAUUUUUUAAAGGUGGACACGUCAAAGGAUUGGACGGAAAUCGAUGCUCUAAUGUACUAUGUAGUUGGCACAAACUGUUCGCUUGUUAGCAAAUCAAAAGGCGCGGCUAAGGAGUAUCCGUAUACAAUGAACUUUGGUACAAUCAGCUUAGGUUUUACAUACAUAUUAUUGUUAAGGGGUACAUUUAGUUACUCUCCGCAAACACCAGCAAAACUUAUGGACCUCGGAGUAUACAAUGAGCAUUUUUACUAAGAUCUAUUUAGCCUGACAUUUUUACAAAGCUUAAUAUUACGGUAGAUAAACUUUAUAUAGACAUUUAUGUAAAUAUUGAGAAACAGCGAACAUCUUAACAAUCCAAUUCACUAUAGGACCAAUUACAUAAACCAGUACAGGUACUUUUAAAACCACUGAUCCCAGGUAACAAUUUUAUCAUAACUCCUACAAAAAAGUCGAGCUAAGUGCCGAAUUGGAAGAGCUACAAAAAAUUAGAUUUGAUAUGCGAACAUUUCUUAUAGCAACUUAUUCCUUAUUUAUUUGGUUCCAUUUCGAUGCUUUAUUAGAUUAUAAAAAAACCUAUCGAUCCUGAAAAAUACACCGA